AUGGCAAUCCUUCUGACAGGCGGCACGGGCAAAACCUCCACGCGCAUUGCACGCCUGCUGCAAGAUGCAAAUAUCCCAUUCCUCCUAGCCUCUCGUAACGCUGAGACCGGAGCUCCAUCCGGAAUGCCAGCAUCCAAAUUCGACUGGCUUGACUCCUCCACCUUUGAGAACCCCUUCCAUUACGAAUUUCCUAAUGGAGAGCGCAUAUCCGCAGUCUACCUCAUUGCGCCUGCAGUAACCGAUCCAGUACCCGCACUGAACGCCCUCAUUGACCUCGCCGUCUCAAAGGGCGUCAAGAGAUUUGUUUUGCUAGCCGGCAGCUCGACGGAGCCAGGCGGUCACCACGUCGGGCAGAUAUGGCAGCGCUUCAUCGAUGCCGGCCUGGAGUUCUGCGUGCUGCGCCCCACCUGGUUCAUGGAGAACUUCUCGGAGUGGCAGCAUCUGGCCACCAUCAAAGACGAGGGCAAGAUCUACACGGCGUGUGGGGACGGCAAGAUCCCGUUUAUCAGCGCUAUGGAUAUCGCGGCCGUUGCGUUUCAUGCGCUUACGGACGGGAAGCCGCACAAUACUGAUCACAGGGUCUUGGGACCUGAGCUGUUGACUCACGAUGAGAUUGCGGCAAAGCUCAGCAGCGGCCUAGGUCGCGAGAUCGUGCACGUCAAACUCUCAGAGGAGGAAUCUGCUCAGCGGUAUCUGAAACUGGGCCUGCCGGACCAGUUCGCAAACUUCAUGUCUUACCUUGAGGCUGCUGCUGCCAGGGGAGAUGAAGAGAGGUCGGACAAUGCUGUGGAGCGAAUUUCUGGACGGCCUCCGCUCAAGUUUGAUGAAUGGGUGCAGCAGAACAAGAAGGCAUGGCAGUAA